AGGUUGCUACAUGGGUGGAUGAAACUUUAAGUUCUGUGGCUUCUAAAUUAGAGCACACUGCACAGACUUACUCAGAACUUCAAGGUGAACGGAUUGUGUCUUUACAUUGCUGUGCCCUUUACACCUGCGCCCAGCUAGAGAACAAUUUAUAUUGGUGGGGUGUAGUCCCUUUUAGUCAAAGGAAAAAAAUGUUAGAGAAAGCUAGAGCAAAAAAUAAAAAGCCCAAAUCUAGUGCUGGUAUUUCUUCGAUGCCGAACAUCACUGUUGGUACCCAGGUAUGCUUAAGAAAUAAUCCUCUUUAUCAUGCUGGAGCAGUUGCAUUUUCAAUUAGUGCUGGGAUUCCUAAAGUCGGUGUCUUAAUGGAGUCAGUUUGGAAUAUGAACGAUAGCUGUAGAUUCCAACUUCGAUCUCCUGAGAGCUUGAAAAGCAUGGACAAAGCUAGCAAAACUACUGAAGCCAAGCCUGAAAGUAAGCAGGAACCAGUGAAAACGGAAAUGGGUCCCCCGCCCUCUCCAGCCUCCACAUGCAGUGAUGCGUCCUCAAUUGCCAGCAGUGCGUCAAUGCCGUAUAAACGACGACGGUCCACCCCUGCCCCGAAAGAGGAGGAAAAGGUGAACGAAGAGCAGUGGUCUCUUCGGGAAGUCGUUUUUGUGGAAGAUGUUAAGAAUGUUCCUGUUGGCAAGGUGCUAAAAGUGGAUGGUGCCUAUGUUGCUGUAAAAUUUCCAGGAACGUCCAGUAAUACAAACUGUCAGAGCAGCUCUGGUUCAGAUGCUGACCCUUCUUCUCUCCUGCAGGAUUGUAGGUUACUUAGAAUUGAUGAACUGCAGGUCGUCAAAACUGGUGGAACACCAAAAGUUCCUGACUGUUUCCAAAGGACUCCUAAAAAGCUCUGUAUACCUGAAAAAACAGAAAUAUUAGCAGUGAAUGUGGAUUCCAAAGGUGUGCAUGCUGUUCUGAAGACUGGAAAUUGGGUACGGUACUGUAUCUUUGAUCUUGCUACAGGAAAAGCGGAACAGGAGAAUAAUUUCCCUACAAGCAGCAUUGCUUUCCUUGGUCAGAAUGAGAGGAACGUAGCCAUUUUCACUGCUGGACAGGAGUCUCCUAUUAUUCUUCGAGAUGGAAAUGGUACUAUCUACCCAAUGGCCAAAGAUUGCAUGGGAGGAAUAAGGGAUCCUGAUUGGCUUGAUCUUCCACCUAUUAGUAGUCUUGGAAUGGGUGUACAUUCUUUAAUAAAUCUUCCUGCCAAUUCAACAAUCAAAAAGAAGGCUGCUAUUAUCAUCAUGGCUGUAGAGAAACAAACCUUAAUGCAGCACAUUCUACGCUGUGACUAUGAGGCCUGUCGACAAUAUCUUAUGAAUCUCGAGCAAGCGGUUGUUUUAGAGCAGAAUCUACAGAUGCUACAGACAUUCAUCAGCCACAGAUGUGAUGGAAACCGAAAUAUUUUGCAUGCUUGUGUAUCAGUUUGUUUUCCAACCAGCAAUAAGGAAACUAAAGAAGAAGAGGAAGCAGAGCGCUCUGAAAGAAAUACAUUUGCAGAAAGGCUUUCUGCUGUUGAGGCCAUAGCAAAUGCAAUAUCAGUUGUUUCAAGUAAUGGCCCAGGUAAUCGGGCUGGAUCAUCAAGUAGUCGAAGUUUGAGAUUACGGGAAAUGAUGAGACGUUCGUUGAGAGCGGCUGGUUUGGGUAGACAUGAAGCUGGAGCUUCAUCCAGUGACCACCAGGAUCCAGUUUCACCCCCCAUAGCCCCCCCUAGUUGGGUUCCUGACCCUCCUGCGAUGGAUCCUGAUGGUGACAUUGAUUUUAUCCUGGCCCCUGCUGUGGGAUCUCUUACCACAGCCGCGACUGGCACCGGCCAAGGACCAAGCACCUCCACCAUUCCCGGUCCUUCCACAGAGCCAUCUGUAGUAGAAUCCAAGGAUCGAAAGGCCAAUGCUCAUUUUAUAUUAAAAUUGUUAUGCGACAGUGUUGUAUUGCAGCCCUAUUUACGAGAACUCCUCUCUGCCAAGGAUGCAAGAGGGAUGACCCCGUUUAUGUCAGCUGUAAGUGGCCGAGCUUAUCCUGCUGCAAUUACCAUCUUAGAAACAGCCCAGAAAAUUGCAAAAGCUGAAGUAUCCUCAAGUGAAAAAGAGGAAGAUGUAUUUAUGGGAAUGGUUUGCCCAUCAGGUACCAACCCUGAUGACUCACCCUUAUAUGUGUUAUGUUGUAAUGAUACCUGCAGUUUUACAUGGACUGGAGCAGAGCACAUUAACCAGGAUAUUUUUGAGUGUCGAACUUGUGGCUUGCUGGAGUCACUCUGUUGUUGUACAGAAUGUGCAAGGGUUUGUCAUAAAGGUCAUGAUUGCAAACUCAAACGGACGUCACCAACAGCCUAUUGUGAUUGUUGGGAAAAAUGUAAAUGUAAAACUCUAAUUGCUGGACAGAAGUCUGCUCGUCUUGAUCUCCUUUAUCGCCUGCUCACUGCUACUAACCUGGUCACUCUGCCAAACAGCAGGGGAGAGCACCUCUUGCUGUUUUUAGUGCAGACGGUCGCAAGGCAGACGGUAGAGCACUGCCAGUACAGACCUCCUCGGAUCAGGGAGGACCGUAACCGAAAAACAGCCAGUCCUGAAGAUUCAGAUAUGCCUGAUCAUGAUUUAGAGCCCCCAAGGUUUGCCCAGCUUGCAUUGGAGCGUGUUCUACAGGACUGGAAUGCUUUGAAAUCUAUGAUCAUGUUUGGGUCACAGGAGAAUAAAGACCCUCUCAGUGCCAGCAGUAGGAUAGGCCAUCUUUUGCCAGAAGAGCAAGUUUACCUCAAUCAGCAAAGUGGCACCAUUCGGCUGGACUGUUUCACUCAUUGCCUUAUAGUCAAGUGUACAGCAGAUAUUUUGCUUUUAGAUACUCUACUAGGGACACUGGUGAAAGAACUCCAAAACAAAUACACACCUGGACGUAGAGAAGAAGCUAUUGCUGUAACAAUGAGGUUUUUGCGUUCAGUGGCAAGAGUUUUUGUCAUUCUUAGUGUGGAAAUGGCUUCAUCCAAAAAGAAAAACAACUUUAUCCCACAGCCAAUUGGAAAAUGCAAGCGUGUAUUCCAAGCACUACUACCUUACGCUGUAGAAGAAUUAUGCAAUGUAGCAGAGUCGCUGAUUGUCCCUGUCAGAAUGGGGAUCGCCCGCCCUACUGCCCCUUUUACUUUGGCUAGUACCAGCAUCGAUGCCAUGCAGGGCAGUGAGGAACUGUUCUCCGUGGAACCACUGCCACCACGACCUUCAUCUGAUCAGUCUAGCAGCUCCAGUCAGUCCCAGUCUUCCUACAUCAUCCGGAACCCCCAGCAGAGGCGCAUCAGCCAGUCGCAGCCUGUUCGGGGCAGAGAUGAGGAACAGGAUGACAUUGUUUCAGCGGACGUGGAGGAGGUUGAGGUGGUGGAGGGUGUGGCUGGAGAAGAGGAUCAUCAUGAUGAACAGGAAGAACAUGGGGAAGAAAAUGCUGAGGCAGAGGGACAACAUGAUGAGCAUGAUGAAGACGGGAGUGACAUGGAGCUAGACUUGUUAGCAGCAGCUGAAACAGAAAGUGACAGUGAAAGUAACCAUAGCAACCAGGAUAAUGCUAGUGGGCGUAGAAGUGUUGUCACUGCAGCAACUGCCGGCUCAGAAGCAGGUGCGAGCAGUGUUCCUGCCUUCUUUUCUGAAGAUGAUUCGCAAUCAAAUGACUCAAGUGAUUCUGAUAGCAGCAGUAGUCAGAGUGACGACAUAGAACAGGAGACCUUUAUGCUUGAUGAGCCAUUGGAGAGAACCACAAACAGCUCCCAUGCCAAUGGUGCUGCGCAAGCUCCCCGGUCCAUGCAGUGGGCCGUCCGCAACACCCAGCAUCAGCGGGCAGCCAGCACAGCCCCGUCCAGCACGUCCACGCCAGCAGCCAGCUCAGCGGGGUUGAUUUAUAUCGAUCCUUCAAAUCUGCGCCGGAGUGGUACCAUCAGCACGAGCGCUGCCGCUGCGGCCGCGGCUCUGGAAGCUAGCAACGCCAGCAGCUACUUAACAUCUGCAAGCAGUUUGGCCAGGGCUUACAGCAUUGUUAUCAGACAGAUCUCGGACCUCAUGGGCCUUAUUCCUAAGUAUAAUCACCUAGUGUACUCUCAGAUUCCAGCAGCUGUGAAAUUGACUUACCAAGAUGCAGUAAACUUACAGAACUAUGUAGAAGAAAAGCUUAUUCCCACUUGGAACUGGAUGGUCAGUAUUAUGGAUUCUACUGAGGCUCAAUUACGUUAUGGUUCUGCAUUAGCAUCUGCUGGUGAUCCGGGCCAUCCAAAUCAUCCUCUUCACGCUUCUCAGAAUUCAGCUCGAAGAGAGAGGAUGACUGCACGAGAAGAGGCUAGUUUGCGAACCCUGGAAGGCAGACGACGUGCCACAUUGCUUAGCGCCCGUCAAGGAAUGAUGUCUGCCCGAGGGGACUUCCUAAAUUACGCUCUGUCUUUAAUGCGGUCUCAUAAUGAUGAGCACUCUGAUGUUCUUCCAGUUUUGGAUGUUUGCUCACUGAAGCAUGUGGCGUAUGUUUUUCAAGCCCUUAUAUAUUGGAUUAAAGCAAUGAAUCAGCAGACAACGUUGGAUACACCUCAACUGGAACGCAAAAGGACACGAGAACUCUUGGAACUGGGUAUUGAUAAUGAAGAUUCAGAACAUGAAAAUGAUGAUGACACCAAUCAAAGUGCUACUUUGAAUGAUAAGGAUGAUGACUCUCUUCCUGCAGAAACUGGUCAAAACCAUCCAUUUUUCCGACGCUCAGACUCCAUGACGUUCCUUGGAUGUAUACCCCCAAAUCCAUUUGAAGUGCCUCUGGCUGAAGCCAUCCCCUUGGCUGAUCAGCCACAUCUGUUGCAGCCAAACGCUAGAAAGGAGGAUCUUUUUGGCCGUCCAAGUCAGGGUCUUUAUUCUUCAUCUGCCAGUAGUGGGAAAUGCCUAAUGGAGGUUACAGUGGAUAGAAACUGCCUUGAGGUUCUCCCAACUAAAAUGUCUUAUGCUGCCAAUUUAAAAAAUGUAAUGAACAUGCAAAAUCGACAAAAAAAGGAAGGGGAAGAACAGAAUGUGGUGCCAGAAGAAGCUGAAAGUUCAAAACCAGGGCCAUCUGCUCAUGAUCUUGCUGCACAGUUGAAAAGCAGUUUACUAGCAGAAAUAGGACUGACUGAAAGUGAAGGGCCACCUCUUACAUCUUUCAGGCCACAGUGUAGCUUCAUGGGAAUGGUUAUUUCCCACGAUAUGCUGUUAGGACGUUGGCGCCUUUCUUUGGAACUAUUUGGCAGGGUGUUCAUGGAAGAUGUUGGAGCAGAACCUGGAUCAAUCCUAACUGAAUUGGGUGGUUUUGAGGUAAAAGAAUCAAAAUUCCGUAGAGAAAUGGAAAAACUGAGGAACCAGCAGUCAAGAGAUUUAUCACUAGAGGUAAAGGUAUUUAAAUUUUCUUAUACUAUACAUAUAGUGUGCCAUUUAUAUUAA